AUGUCCGCCAACGAGGAGGUCCGCGUCGCCCUUCUCGACAUGGGCGUCGACGCGCCCAAAUCUCACCAGGCGGCAGUGCGUUUCCAUACCGUUGACGCCGCCAUCAACUGGGUUUUUGGCGAGGGCGAAUCGUGGACACCAGAAGCGGAACCCACGCCAUCGUACAACAACACCGCCUGGCCAGCUGAGCCCGCUGCCGUCCCAACUCUACCACCUCGGACCGGCAAUCCCUUCCGCCCCGGCCCAGCAACUCCAUACAUCUCCCCAGGAGCAGGUCCCGUCCGGCUCGACAAUGAUGACGAUGACGAGGAGUUGCUGAUGGCGUUAGAGCUGAGCCGGAGGAACCCCGACGAGGACACCCAGGGCGGUGCCGGUGCGAGUGCCAGUGGUGGCGCGGUGAUCGGCACGACCAACCUGAGCACCAGCGCCCCGACCGCAGCGGACGCGGGGCUGUCUCGAGAAGAGCGUGAACGGAGCGUACGUGCGUCGGCACCGCCACCUUCCCCACACAGGCAGAACAGCGACGAGCCUCUCCUGGCCUUUGGACCGAGCGAGCGGAAUGACCUCGACGGCAAGCUCGCAAUGGUGCCAACCGGCGCGGCGGCGAGCAACAAGGAAGAAGAGGAUUUCCAGCGUGCUCUGCAAGAGUCUAUGAUGACUGCGAGCUUUCAUUCCAUCCCGAGCGAGGAGGAGAACAUUCCAAUCCCAGUUGACAGGAAGCCUGGAGCGCCCGUGGUGUACCUCACUGUCCAAGCUCCCGCCUUUGCUGCCAACCUGCUGCAGGCAUUUGCAGCUGUCCCUCAGCUUCGGGACGUGUUUGCUGGUUUGGCUCAUGAUGUUGAUGACCCACAAGAACUCAACGCACUGCAAGAGUUGAUGAGCGAGCAAUAUUCCGGCAAGGAAAACUUCGUCAAUGUCGACAACCUCGUUGCCGGCCUAAACAGCAGUUUUGAAGUCUACUCGCCCCGUCUGCCUCCUCACCAAGAGAUUCUCGAGCGGUGGCUUCCCCGUGUCAGCGACCUGCUCGUUCAGGCUGCCGGCACCAGGUCUCAGCUCAUCGACUUUGACAAUGCUUUAGGCGACUUUUAUCGCAAGCCCGAGCAACUCCUCAUUACCCGCCUGUCGUCCGCGCCAGAUGUUCCUCACCCCUACGUCGAAUUCGGGCGCGGCGGCCUGUCGGCGCCUACUUCUGUCCACCCCAACCUCGCUUCCAUCCUGUGGACGGCUGACACCCCAAUGGAGAGCAUUUCGUCUCUCGCUGACAUUGUGUUCGUCUCCCUCCGCCGCACACCGGGCAUCUCGGUGCAAAAGUGGGACCUCGAGCAGGAGAUUGUGCUCGACAGGUAUCUCACGCACAACGCUGUGUCGACGAUGCAGGUCCGUGCUCAGCAGAGUGCCAUCCAGGGCGAACUGAAGAGGUUGAAGGAGCAGGCUGAACAUUUGAGUUCUUUCAGGGGCAACAACAUCCCGGACGCGAUCCAGACGCUUAUCAAACACCUCUCCACCACCUCGUCCUUUGACAACGUGCAAGCCGAGACUCGUACCGAACUCAAGACCAAGCUCGAGCGGAUCGCCACAACGAUGAGCGACAAGGCUGCCCGGCUUCAAACAGACGUGGCUGACCGUGAGAAAUUGGUAUCGGGAGCCCUCUUCGAGACCGCCGACCCUACCAAGAAUGAGCACAAGUACAUUCUCCGCGCUAUCUUGUGGCACGACGGUUUCAUGACCCCCGGCAGACACCUGUUCACCUAUGUCCGCGGCGACGUGGACAAGUCUACAGGCGUGGCGGACUGGUGGCGCAUCCAAGACGAUGCCGAGAAGGUGUCCUGGGAGGACGUGGCAAGCGACGUCACGGGCCAGUUUACCGACGGUGGACCGUACCUCCUCGUCUACAGCCGGGAGGGAAGCCGUCCUGCUCUUCCGAGCCCCGAGCCCGAGCCCGAAACCUCAGCCGAGAAGCAGAUGUCGGUCGACAGCGUUGGCGGCAGCAUCCCCAUUCCGGUCGGUACGGGUCCCGCCGACGCAAUUAGCGUCGAUGAGGAGCAAGGGUUAAUCGACCUCACCGACACUCCCAACCCCGAGGAAGUCAAGCCUGCCCCGUCGACCAUGGAUGCACUUGUCACACCGGCCGAGGGCGACACCGCCUCUCCUGCCGCGGUGCCAGGUAGUAUCGAGGUAAACACCGCCGUGCUCCCCACAGCGCUGCAGACCACCUCCCCAGUCGGCAGCAUGAGUCUCCCAUCCGUUCCCCUAAUCUCGCCCCAGGGCUCUCGCUCGCGGUCGUCCCAGUCGCAGAACUGGAUCCCCGGCGCGCGUCGAUCCACGUCCCCGAAGUGA